AUGAUACACUUAUCACCCGGAUCGCUGCCCCUUGUUGGCCACAUGGGUUUGUCACAGACCGAGAUUCUCGGCCACGAUAGCCUCACUCUUGGCCAUGAGGAAUAUGAGGCUCUGGGACACUAUCAGAAUGGAUUCUGCUUGGUACAUACCUCCAAGGCUGCCGCAUGGUCUUUCCCUGUGCUUCUGCUGCAAAAAGUCUCUUACAGCGCCAUUGCUAUGCGCUAUGCAGUGGCUGUCGCGCUCCAGGACCUCGAUGUGCGACGCCAUCCUGAGGAUCUUACUCUAAAUGGACAAGAGUCAGCGUUGGCGCUUUCGCACUUCACCCGGGCAUCGUCGGCGUUCCGAGAAGCUAUGCGGCAGUCGGCUAAGCCUGUCGACCACGUUGAGACUCUCGCUACAUUCUACUUCCACUACGUCUACCUCACCCAUCAGCGCGCUGUUAACAAGGAAGAGCUGCAUAAGCUCAGCCAGGCUGUCGUGCGUUAUCUCCAACGUUCAUCGAUAGGAGACGUCUUGACCAGAUCGGUGACAGAGCCAGCUACCAUGACCCCUUCCAUGCGUAGCUUCCUGUGUCGUCUGCUCCUAUGGGUUUACAGAGAGGAUGUCUAUGCGAUGGGGUACCGCUGCGCUAGUGAAGUCGCGCGAUACAUGUCUGACCGUCCAAAGCUUCUCCGGCGACUAUGCGUGGUCUCGCGGCCAGCAUUGCAGUUAAACUGGGGUACUUUGUAUCCAACUGAGCAACGUCUGGAUGACGUCUUCUCGGCUCAACGUCUGGACAUGUUGGUUCGCAUGAUUCAGCUUCAGUUCCAGAUUACAGAGUUUGGGUGGUCAGCCAUGUCAGACGAAUCUUCAGGCACACAAAGACCAGAAGCGAGGAACACGCAGAUAGAGGAAAAGUUAAAUCUCAUAGAGACGGACUUUUCUCCUACAUUUCAGAUGAUCACGAUGCCUGAUGAUAACCACCCGACCUCGGCAUCCGAUCUCGUUGAAAGCGCUGCCGUAUUUGUGACUAUCGACUAUGCGUAG